GUAGUUUGUUCUUUUGCCAACAUCAGGCCAAAAGGACAAACUCGAGUGGCGCAGUGCAAACUAAAAUUAGCGGUGAAAGCACUAGUGGCUCAGUGCAAAAGUCAAGUGGCGCGAAGCAGAAGUCAAGGGUUACACAAACAUGGUGUUCCAUAUUAUUGUUUAAUAUUACCGGUAUAUCUGGUGAACCUCAACACACAUGCAUACAUGGCAACUGUUUCCGUUGGUUUUCGAUGUGAACGCUUACUAGAUAUACCAUGUAAGGUAUGCGGUGACCGGAGCUCAGGUAAACAUUAUGGUGUAUAUGCUUGUGACGGCUGCAGUGGUUUCUUCAAACGCAGUAUCCAUCGCAACCGUGCGUACUCGUGCAAGUUAUCAGGCCAAAGAAGUGGCAGUUGUCCUAUCGAUAAGACACAUCGCAAUCAGUGCCGAGCCUGUAGAUUGCGCAAAUGUUUUGAUGUCAACAUGAAUAAGGACGCGGUUCAACAUGAACGAGGACCACGAAAGCCAAAGACUCUGGACACAUCUUCGACAGCAUCGACCGCUGGGGGCCGCACGUCACCAGGGAGUACCGACCAUUCACCCAGUCCACCAACCCAUAUCGUCUCAUCCGUGGUACACACCAGCCAUCCCGCCAUGACAUAUUACGGGACGUUCUACCACAGUCUACUUACGGCGGAACAGUUCAACAUGAACCCGCUACACAUUGAUACGUCUAGGAGGGAGGUAAAGAUCGAAAAUGACGGCACCAAUCAUGAGAGCGUUGCCGAAAUUACGGCGCGACUACUCUUCUUGUCCGUUAAGUGGGCUAAGCAUAUUCCGUCAUUCCGCAUUCUACCUUAUAGGGACCAGGUUAUAUUACUCGAAGAAGGAUGGAGGGACAUUUUCCUUCUGGGCAUGGCUCAGUGGUCAGUGCCUCUUCUCGAUUCAAACUCAAUAGAAAUUGCAGACAAACCAGAAUCAGACGAAAUGAGGACGUUAAGAGAAGUACUUAUGCGCUUACGCACCUUUCGUGUAGAUUUCACAGAGUAUGCUUGUUUAAAGGCCAUAACAUUAUUUAGGCCAGAAACCCACGCCCUGAAGGAACCGCAACAGGUGGAGACCUUGCAGGACCAGGCCCAGGUUAUGCUAAGUGAUUACGAACGGACGACUUAUCCCCGAGAGUCAGUACGCUUCGGAAAGCUUCUUCUUAUUCUGCCAGCAAUUCGCAGUGUUUGUCCUAAACUCAUAGAAAAUAUGUUCUUCAGAGAGACAAUCGGGACAGUACCGAUUGAACGGUUGCUCGCUGAUAUGUUCCAAACAAGUUAAUCAUGAAUGAAGUAUUACAAAACUGAGAUUAUUCGUCUAUCAAUCAACUACCAUUGACUGCAGUGUCACUCAUAUCUUGAUUUCGUAGAUCUAUGCGUGUUGGUCGGCCACCGAGUGGCCCGCUGCACACUUAAGGUGCAUUCACACCGAAUCCGAAUUUUUGAUCGGAAAACCUACCGAACCGAGCAGAAAAUCGAAUCAGUGUGUAGUGUAAGAAUAGGGACGCUGGCGUUCAGCACUUCGGCAUGCGAUUCCGAAGUUUCGGUUGGGACCCGAUGUGAAUGCAGCUUUAGGCUUGGUUUACACUAAAACUAUUUACACGCGCUGACGCAAGCGGAUCGCAUAUCUGCGCAUCUAAAUUAAUCUCGUGUGAACUGAGCUUUCCUGACGAUGCGCCAUUCAUUUGGCCUAAGAGGUAAAACACUAAAAUACAGGACAGGAUGUUAUACAGAUAACAAUGAACACAGCAGGACCUCAAUUUGUGACCGUUUUCAUAUGUAAAAAUGAAUGUGUAAAACUGUGUCUUAACAAAAGUAGUGUAGAGUGUAUGGGGUGGGGCGGUGAGGGUUUGAUAGGGUAGGGUAGGGAUUGAAAACUAGGUCUAGUUGAUUGUAUAAACUUGUUCCCGACGAGCUCACAGUUGUAGUGCAGCAACAAUAGCAAUAUAUCAUAAUAUAAUAAAAGUAGAUAGAUAUUAUUAUAGUAUAAGCAUUAUUGACAAUACACGUGUUGCAAUAUACUUUUUAUUUUUUUAUUUUAUUUUAUUUCACCCCCAACAGCGAAAACGCCAAUAACAGGGAGCAUAUAGUAAAUAAAAUAUAUAACUACAGCGAAAGAAUCGAUAAUAUCGAGAAGAAACAUUCAAAAAUAUUAUAAGUAGUAUAAAAAUAUGCAGAUAAAUAAUUUACAACAUAUUCAAAUGUUUAAAUCGGCUUACUUUAAAUUCAAUAAUCAAAAACAUCUUUGUUUAUUAAUUAAGGUAUCUUUAUUGUUAUAUAAAUUUUUAUUAAAACCAGUAAGCAGAAUGAAAGGAAUGAACAAAUGAAUGAAGCAUUUUCUGACUUACUGAAUAAACGAAAGAACGCAUGAACUAACGAAUGCAUGAAUAAAGACUGGAUGGAUGAUUUAAUGAAUGGAUGAAUAAAACAGCGAUCGAUUGGAUGAAGAAUACAAAAAAAACAAACAAAGAUAUAUACGAACGACGAAUCAUAACAAUCAAUACUCAACUCUCAACGAAUGACAUUCAAUUAAAUUCAUCUUUAUUGCAAUCAAUUUAGUAUAAAAAUAGCGUCAAUGUUUGGAUGAAACAAGAGUGCAGCACUGAGAAGGUAAUUAAAAUAUAACAUUAAAAAGACGUCAAUUAACAAUAUACAAGGCAAAACAUAAAGUUCUAUUAAGUAUCACAUUGAAGUAAGAACAUUUAGAAUAAAAUUAUAGUAUAAAAUCGGCAGUUUUCAAUUGAAAAUUAUUGUUAUUUAUUAUUUUUACUAUUAUUAUUACAGUACUAAACUUUAAGUUAUAAGUUGAAGUACAAGAUUCAUAAAGAAGUCAAAUUCAAAACAAUGAUAUAAUAAAUAAAGUAUAAAUAUAAUUUUAAAAAAACACCCAAAUAUCCCAAAUAAUAAUUAUUAUUGCUAAACACAAUUAAACAAUUAAGGAUUAACCCUUUUUCUUACAGCAAAAUGUUUGUUUACAAUUUGAAUUUAGAAGAAACAUAAAUUCAUCAUCUUUGAACACUUUUUCAAUGUAGGCCUAUUAGUUAGAACCAGGUUAGAACAUAAGUUAAUUUGCAGUAAAUUUAGAUAUACAAAAGGGAAGAAUAUUUUUUUUUAUCACAGUUAUAUCGUUGACUCUUCAUGAAUAGAUUUAAUUGUACAUAUGACAGGACUGUUCUAUAACCUAUUAUAUAGGAAAAAUAGGAUACCACAGAUAUAUAUAUAUAUAUAUAUACAGACUCAUGAAACCAUGUUUCUUGCACAUUCGUGAACGUUCUAUUUUAAUAUAAGCUUAUGUUUUUUUUAAAACUAUGUUUAUUUGCUCAUGCAAAUUGACGCACCUUCUAUUCAGAAGUGUGCGUAAAUCCGAAUAAGUUAUUAAUUUUUUAACAAUCCAUUGUUUACUUCAGUGUAAUGUUCGAUACUACAUAAAAAGUUUAUCCAGUGAAGAACACUAUCUAUGUUGAAGCUAGUACUGUACAAUAAGUUUUAAAGUCUAGCAUAUCAACUCUUACUUACAGUAAUUCAAAUUAUUAAUAAUGAAAUAUUUCCGGGCCAAUGUAUAGCGCUACAUACGCCAUUUUGUUUGUUUAUUUGCAGCUGAUUCUGUGGGAAUUUUAAUAUGAAAAUAAAUUGUGUGCACUAUGUUUAACAACCUGUUGAAUUUUCUUUGAUUACUAAGUAAACAUCUUUACAGGCUGGCAUACGCAGAUGGACAAUGGUGCCAUGCCAAUUAAAGUAACACCAUAAUAAUAUUAAUUAUUAUUAUUUUUAUUAUUAAUAAUAUUAUUGUUAUUAAUAUUAUUAUCAUUGGGCCCGUCACCUAUCACAAGUGGUCGCUCCAGAAUGUCCGACAGGGGGUCCGAACCAAGCGAAUGGAAUGAAAAUCUCUGGUGCCUAUCAUAGGGAGAGUUUUUAUGGCUUAGUAUGACCAAAAUUGUCCUUUCAAAUUAACAACGCAAUCAAAAUAAUGUUAUUUGGAUAAGCAAAUUGUUUUUGCUUAUCAUCACUACUAUCAUCACUAUUACCAUCCUCAUCAAUAUAGUAGCGAUCAUCGCCACCAUCAUCAUCACCACCACCAUCAUCAAUAUCGUAGCGAUCAUCACUACAACCAUUAUCAUCACCACCACAAUCAUCACCACCACCACAGUCAUCAUCAUUAUCACCAUCACCACCACCCUUAGGCAAGGUACUUUAUCCACAUUGUCCCCCAGGAGCAUUACUGGGUACCGGUGCUUUGUACGGUUGAAUACCAAUGCUGAUUACUCUUUGCCACAAUAUGUUCCAUACACAUUUGUAACAAUAAGAAACAUGAAGCUAUGGUUUGUGUUAUAUACGACUGUGACAAUAAUAUAUAAACUUCAUAUAAGCUGUGUUAUAAAAGAGUACAUUGUUUUGAUUUGCUAUAUGUAUACUUUAUGGUAUAUUUAUUUAUUUUAUUAUUUCUCAGGCAUACAAGUUACCAAAAAAUUUAAACAAAAUGAAUACAAACACGUAAAAAGAAAAUACCUAAAAACACAAUUCACCAAGCCAAGCACAUGCCUGGCGGAUAGCCUAAAAAGUCAAAGCUUAUGGAGAGGCUCUCCAAACAUGAAGAUUAUAUUAAUUAAAAAGAUUUUUUUUCAGUUACUCAUCAUCUGGAGGAGUUCAUGCAGGGGCUGUAUGGGCCAGUACACCGGGGUAAC